GUGGAACCUGUUGGUGAGGGGACUGUGGCAUCAGAAGACAGUGUGGCUGCGGCAGCAGGAGCGGGUGAUGGUGCAGCUACUGCUGAGCAGGAAGAUUUUGCUGAAGGUGACAAACCUCAGGGAGAAGAAAAGGAGCCUGAUGUGUCUCAGGAAAAGGUCAGCAGCAUCCCUUCAGUAGUAAUAGAGCCAGCGUCAAACAAUGAAGGGGAAGGAGAAGAACAUGAAGUUGUCAUGAAUGAGUCCAAAGAUGCCACAGCAGAGAUCAGCACUCAGGGCACUGACAUUUCUCCAAGUGAAACUUCCCAAGUUGGAAGUGAGCAGAAACCUGCUGAAGAAAUCCAGACUGUACCUUCUCAAGAUCAGCCUGUUGCAGCAGAAGAUGCAGCUUCUGCAAUGCCACCUGGCUUUCUCUAUAAGGUUGAAGUCCUACAUGAUUUUGAGGCAGCUAACAGUGAUGAGCUUAAUUUAAAACGAGGAGAUAUUGUACUAGUAAUUCCUUCUGAGACCACAGCUGAUCAGGAGGCUGGCUGGUUGACUGGCAUUAAGGAAUCCGAGUGGCUUCAGUACAGAGAUGCAAAUAGUUAUAAAGGACUUUUCCCAGAGAACUUCACACGCCAUGUGGAGUAGUUCUCCACUCAGGCAGAGAAACGUGGUAUGAAACUCAGUCAAUAUGUUUUCAACCUCUUUGAAACACAGGAGCCCAUCUUUUUGUAGUUUAAGCUGUUAAUGGUUUACAGACUGGUGCCAGACAAAGCUUGUUGGAACAUAUCAAAAUGAGCAUGAAUGCAGACAGCUAAGCUAGCAACUUCUGAAGCAGUACGUGGGGGAAAAAAAAAGAAUAAAAAAGAAAUGUCCUUAUUUGUUCACAAGUAUGUGGCGACAGGUUUGUUUGUGCUUUGUCAGAGCUAUGGUGAUCUUGUAUUUGGUCCUUUCCCAUGAAAUCUGAAAUUAGCUUCCUCAAUACCAAAACCUUAACUUCUCUGCACUAAGUGUAUUGUAUUGAGUUGCACUGCAGAAGAUUUAAUUAAUUAUCCUGUAGUAAUGAGGUCAAACUAUUAUAAGUUUCAUGUGUUUAAAAAAAAUAAUUAACUACUGCAACGUUUUUUCAGUGUUAUUUUUGGACAUGCAUAAUAUAUAUACACAAUAACUUAUAUGUGUAUAUAUAAGUGCAUAUGGGUAUAUAUGCAUUUUCACAACUUCAUUGUAGUUCUUUGGCUGUGUAGUAUCAUCCAGUACAUGCAUUGCUCUCUCCCUGUCUGGCAUUACAGGAAAUGGUUUUGUUCCAAAGCAAAACUAGCUGCUCCAUUGCCAAAACAUGAUACAGAAUCUGUGUUUGUAAUGUGACAUUUUCACUCUGAGAUGAUGAAUGACAUCAUGUUCAAAGCUGCUAACCUUUGAAAAGGCAUGGCUCGAUCUCCUCUUUCAGCUGCAGUAGUUACAAUGAGAUAAUCUGGAGGGGGAGCUGCUGUGAUGAUAAUCUAUACUUUUUUAUUUAAUUGGCUGAAUACAUUUUAAAAAAAGAAAUAGAACUAAUCUCUGAGAAGAAAUAGACACACUAUAUUUUCACUAUAUGUAUUUAUGCAGCGUACCUUCACGGAUUCUUUUAAAUUAAGAUAUAUAAUGUAUCCUGUAUCAAAAAGUCAUCUGUAACUUAUGUUUUCCAGUGCUGUGUCAUUAAAAAUAAACCCUUGGUCCCAAGAA